GUUGAUGUUGGAUAAGAUCAAGUUUGUUGGAGAUGUUCCCCGUCAUGAAAAUGUUCUGGCCAUGCUUGGAAAGGUGAACGAUGACAUCCAGACAGGCCCAUACAUGGUCUUGGAGUACUGCAAAAAUGGCACCCUUCGUGACUGGUUGCUGGCACAGAAGGCAAAGGGAGGUGAACUGAGCGCUGACACAGCUGAUCGUAUGACAGAGUAUGCUGUACAAAUAGCAGCAGGGAUGGAACAUCUGAGUGAAAAGAAGAUUGUCCACAGGAGGCUGAUGUCUAAGAAUGUCCUCCUUAAUGGUAAAAUGGUUGCCAAGGUGAUGGGAUUUGGUCCUGAGGGAAAAGAUGCAGCCAAAAACAAGAGUCGUUUACCCACAAAAUGGAUGGCCUUGGAAAUUCUGCAGGAUCCUCAACUGCAUUAUACCACUGCAUCUGAUGUCUGGGCCUUUGGUAUCACUUUAUGGGAGAUAUACAGCCUGGGUGAUCUUCCUUAUCCUACUGGACACAAGGACAAACUGAUAACUCUGCUGGAGAAUGGAACCCGCCCAGACAAGCCUGUAGAGUGCCCAGAUGAUAUCUACAACCAAGUGAUGCAGAAAUGCAUGUACCAUGAUCCAAGCAAGCGUCCCUCAUUCCAACAGAUUAAGAACCAGUUGAACGAUUUCUUCCACCCUCCCCCAGAUGAUAGUGGCAUGUACUAUGGUUUAUAA